AUGUCGGAGAAAGAAGGCGAGUCGAGCCGGGGCUCCCCGCAGGCCGGCGCGGUGACGGUCAGCGAUGUCCAGGAGCUGAUACGGCGCAAGGAGGAGAUCGAAGCGCAGAUCAAGGCCAACUAUGGCGUCCUGGAGAGCCUAAAAGGCGUUGGGAUGGAUGAGCCGCUGGUGGACUGCGAGGGCUACCCCCGUUCAGACGUGGACCUGUAUCAAGUUCGAACUGCCAGGCACAACAUCGCCUGCUUGCAGAACGACCACAAGGCGGUGAUGAAGCAGGUGGAGGAGGCCCUGCACCAGCUGCAUGCUCGGGACAAGGAGAAGCAGGCCCGGGACAUGGCCGAGGCCCAGGAAGAGGCAACGAGCCAAAGCCUGGGCCAGAGCGAGGGCCCCAGCCCCCCGCAGGCCUUUGCCAAAGUGAACAGCAUCAGCCCCGGCUCCCCCGCGAGCAUGGCGGGUCUGCAAGUGGAUGAUGAGAUUGUGGAGUUUGGCUCCGUAAACACCCAGAACUUCCAGUCGCUGCAGAACAUUGGCACCGUGGUGCAGCACAGCGAGGGGAAGCCCCUGAAUGUGACAGUGAUCCGCAGAGGGGAGAAGCACCGGCUCAGACUUGUCCCAACACGCUGGGCAGGGAAAGGACUGCUGGGCUGCAAUAUCAUUCCUUUGCAAAGUUGA